UGAAAGAAGAGUUUGCAGGGGAAGAAAAGUCUGUGCGGUGAGAAAGUUCUGGGAAAGAGGCGAAUGGCCCGACAAACACGAGCUUGAACCGACAAAAGUUACGCAACUGGGGUGUCAGGCCAACUGGUAGUUCUGGUUGACAAUGGACCCUAAUCCUGAGACAAAGAAGAUGACCCCUUACCUGUCAGGAUACCACUCCUUUGAAACUCAGAAACUGACCCCACCCAGAGGACCAGGCUGCAGCUGGCUAGUGGUACUUGCAGCUGUAUCAGCCUCGCUGAGUGGCCUGAUGUUGGGCUAUGAAAUGGGCCUGACCUCUGGGGUCUUGCUGCAGCUGCGGGGCAGUCUCUCCCUCUCCUGCAGGGAACAGGAACUGCUGGUCAGCUCCCACCUGGUCGGUGCUCUUCUUGUCUGCUUAGCUGGCGGCCCCAUUCUGGAUCGCUAUGGCCGUCGCUGGUCUUUGUUCCUGAGUGCUGGCAUGGUGAUUGGCGGAACCAUUGCACUUGUUGCCGUGACCUCGCUUGUUGCACUCACACUGGGUCGUGUAAUAGUCGGCAUGGGUACAGCUUUGUCAGGGACAGCAGCAUGUUUGUACAUUGCAGAGAUCUCACCAAGGGAAAGGAGGGGUCUGCUGGUGACACUGUACGAGCUGAUGCUGGUUGUGGGGGUAAUGUUGGGAUUUGGCUGUAGUUACGCCUUUGCUACUUUGCCUAAUGGCUGGGCAUAUACAUUCGGACUUGUAAUUCCUCCAGCGCUGCUCCAGAUAGGGGCACUUGUCUUCCUCCCACCUAGUCCGCGCUUCCUUGUUGCUCAGGGCAAAGUGGAGCAGGCGAGGGCCGUGCUGACCAGAAUGAGAGGUGAUCAUAAGGAGCAUGUCGCAGUGGAGCUCAGGGACAUCCAAGCUGGACUAAAAGAAGAAUCAGAGCAUAGUUUCUGGGAGCUUUUCAGUGACAAGGCUAACCUACGAUUACGGCUGCUAACAGGUGUAGCCUUAGUCUUCCUCCAGCAGGCUACUGGACAGCCCAACAUCCUCUCCUACGCUUCACCACUCCUCCGUAGCGUGGGCUUCAACAGUGACGCUGCGGCAACUUUGGCCUCCACAGGUUUUGGAGUGGUUAAAGUAGUCGGCACCAUCCCUGCCGUGUUGCUGGUCGACCGUGUGGGACCCAAGAGCUUUUUGUGUGUGGGAGCUGUUGCGAUGGGAAUGUCACUGGCUGCACUUGGUACACUGACGCUGCAGAGUCACACUCAACUCACAAGCCUGUGUAAAAGUCAGACUGCACUAAACCACACAGAUGCGCUUUGGGAUUUAAACAGGACAUUUAAAGAUUUGGACCGCAGUGACAAUUUUUCCACUGAACUCCCAAGUCUGUGGAGUGCUGAGGAAGCACAGAGAAUUGACGCAAAGGGUGAUGGGAUUGGGAGAUCAGGAGGAGAGGGGUCUCAUGUUGAAGUGUCUUCCUCACUGAAGUGGGCAUCAUUGAUCAGCCUUCUGGUGUAUGUGGCAGCCUUCUCUAUUAGCCUCGGGCCAAUGGUGUAUGUGGUUCUUAGUGAAAUCUUUCCAAUGGGUGUCCGAGGAAGGGCCGUGUCUGUGGUGUCGGCUGUAAACUGGGCCACAAACCUGCUCAUCUCCAUGACAUUCCUCACUGUCACAGAAAAGAUUGGUGUUCCCAAUGUUAUGUUCCUGUACUCUGCCAUGAGCUUUGUUCUACUGGUGUUCGUCAUCCUCUGUGUCCCUGAGACCAAAGGCCGCACACUGGAGGAGAUAUCAAAAGAGCUGGCUAAGAAGAAGAAUUUUAAGGUGAAACUCUUAAGGCAUGCUCAGCCUCGAGACAGUCUUCUCAGCAGGAGCACAUCCACAGAUAAUCCAGCAAACGCCUGACUUCUUUCAGGGCCACAACACUGCACCUCAGAGUCAACGGAUAUUAAACUACGUAAUACAUGCAUAUAUUUUAUCCCCUUUCUAUUCAAGCAGAGUCCCAUCUUUUUUUUUUCAUGAAGCCUCUUGAAUUAGUGUUAAAACUAAUUCACUAAAAAAAAGUUUAGAGUAACAUGUGCUAUGAAAUCAAACACUUGCCCAAAGUGGGAGUGUUUAAUGCUUUGACUCCCUGUAUAACUAUAUACUUGUAUACUUGUAAUAAGACAAAACAGAAAUUUGUUGAGCCCUAUGAUCAAACCAGUACCUGUUAUAUAAGCCUAACUCCUUAUUUCUUACAUUUUAUGGGAACAAACAUUUUAAUUAAGUUUUUUACUGGCUGCUGAACAAAGAAAACAAAGCUUUUAUAAGAUCUAUUAGUAAUAUUUUAAUAGAUGAUUUAACAUCUAGGACUAUUACAUUAAGAGGCGUGAGAAGUUGUGCGUUGAUCAUAUUAUAGUCAAGUAAUUAAUGGAUGGAAUAUUUUGCAAGGAAAAUUAUUUUGUGGAUAAGUUUUGUUCACAGUAAAAAUUGCACAUUUUUUUUUCUUUGAUUUGUACUUUGAUACCUUUACAGAUCUUGUUACAAGAUGUAGAAAUGUUGUAGCCAAGUCUUUAAAAAUAAAAAGCAAGUCAUUUUCUGAGA